UGAGGCGGUGUUGUGUUGAUAACUCUUAUUUCUAAUUAUUAGUUUCAAAGAAAUAUUGACUUCUUUUAAUAUUUAUGAACGUUAAAAUUUUAACAAAAUUUUGUUAACUAACAAUUAUCCACAUUGGAAAUACUCUAAAUACAAAAGGUUCCACAAAUUUUUCACUAAUCGAUAGAAUUCUUGUUUUGAAAUGAAUUUUCUUGGGUUUGGUCAAUCUGCAGAAGUCGAUGUUGCGUUUGAUGGGGCUGAAAAUAGAAAGUAUGCGGAAAUCAAAACUGAAGAUGGAAAAAAGGAAAAAUAUUUAUUAUAUUAUGAUGGAGAAAGCGUAUCGGGUAAAGUUAACAUUACUUUAAAGAAACCUGGAAGUAAACUGGAGCAUCAAGGCAUAAAAAUUGAGCUUAUUGGUCAAAUUGAACUAUUUUAUGAUAGAGGAAAUCAUUAUGAAUUUUUAUCUCUUGUAAAAGAGCUUGCUAGACCAGGUGAUUUAAUUCAAAAUACUAGUUAUCCGUUUGAUUUCCCAAACGUUGAAAAACCGUUCGAGGUAUAUGUGGGUUCAAAUGUUCGUUUAAGGUAUUUCCUUCGUGUAACUAUUAUACGUCGAUUAAGUGAUAUUGUGAGAGAGGUUGAUUUUGCGGUUCAUACUCUUUGUAGUUAUCCAGAUAUGAAUAAUCCUAUUAAAAUGGAAGUAGGUAUUGAAGAUUGUCUACAUAUUGAAUUCGAAUAUAAUAAAUCGAAAUAUCAUUUAAAAGACGUUAUUGUUGGAAAGAUAUAUUUUUUACUGGUCAGAAUUAAAAUAAAACACAUGGAAAUAGCUAUAAUUAAACGGGAGACAACUGGAUCUGGACCAAAUACUUUUACAGAAAAUGAGACAAUAGCGAAAUAUGAAAUUAUGGAUGGAGCACCUGUUAAAGGCGAGAGUAUACCAAUUAGAGUAUUUCUUGCUGGAUAUGAUUUAACCCCAACUAUGAGAGACAUUAAUAAAAAAAUGUCCGUAAAAUAUUUUUUGAAUUUAGUUCUUAUGGAUACUGAAGAUCGACGUUAUUUUAAGCAACAAGAAAUUACACUUUGGAGAAAAGCAGAAAAAAUUAGAAAAUCUACAAAUUAUGCUGCAGCAAAUGCUCAUAUACCAACGCAUUUAGUAGGAGGUCCAGAUAGUUCUGACCGCAAUUUGUAUAAAACUAAUGCCGACUCCAUUCCAAACGUUGAAGAAAAUCCAAGUAAAGAGACAGAAGAACCUAAAAUGGGUUUAUUUACGAGGGAAAAUUCAGACUUAGCAAAUAAAGACCUUUUCCAAAACUAUGAAAAAGGUAGUAGUGGAGAAAUAAAUAAACAAGAUAAACAAGAUAAACAAGAUAAACAAGACAAACAAGAUGACCUAAAAAGUGAAGAACCAAAUACAGUUGGAACGCUAGAGAAAAAUAAUUCCGAUGUUUUGGGAGAACCUCUUUCGACAGAAAAAGAUUUAAAAGAUAACGAAGAAAAAUAAGUUUUAUAGAUUUUUGUUUACAGCAUAUAUAUGUAAAUAACAAAUAAUAUUUAGACCAGAAAAAGUUAUAAUUCAAGUAUUACAUUUUGUUGUAAAGGGUUUAUUAUUCUCUUAAUAAAGUUUUUAA